UCUGUCACGAGGAGUCCCCAGGGCCAUGCCCCCACCCCGUCCCGUCCACAAGACGUCUUUCUUCCUCCAUCCUGGUUUCCAGGAGAACUCGCGUAGGAGGGAGGGACAGCUGGGUGCAGGUGUUUCUCCCCAGAAAAACGGCUGGAGAGCAGGAGGAGAGGCUUGGGCCUGGCGCGUCCCCUGCACUUUCCGCCACCCGCACGCCUGGACCCUGGCUGGAGCCCUACGGUGGGGUGGCUCCUGGGACGGGGCCAGGGCGUGGCGGGGCUGCCGGACGCUUUCCCCAGUCCCGGGGCACGGGAGGAGCUGGACAGAGGAAAGCGUUUGGGGCAGCCGGGAAGAGCCCACCACCUACCAGGCGUCGGGCGGCCGGCAGGGGGAAUCUCUGUGGUGCCAGCCUGGUUCAGAUCCGACUCCUCAGGAGGGGGCGAGGCAGAUCUAGGGGUUGGCGUGGGGUGGGGGAAGCAGUGGUCCUGGGGGCCUGGAGAUAGCUGGAACCUGAGGUGCACUCAGGGCGAGGCCUGGGCCCUCAAGGGAAGGUCUGGCUGGAAUCUGGGGCUGGGCUUCAUUUUGUGGGCAGCAGUCUGAAGCUCCUUUGUGCGUGUGCGGAAUUGUCUAACUCCUGUCCUUUCUAACUCCAAGGAGGCCAGGCAGGAUGACCCAAAACACGGUGAUUGUGAAUGGAGUUGCUGUGGCCUCUACGCCAUCCCAGCCCUCCCACAUCAACGUCCACAUCCACCAGGAGUCAACUUUGACACAACUGCUGAAAGCUGGAAGUUCUCUGAAGAAAUUUCUUUUUCACCCUGGCGACACUGUGCCUUCCACAGCCAGGAUUGGUUAUGAGCAGCUGGCUCUAGGGGUGACUCAGAUAUUGCUGGGGGUUGUGAGUUGUGCUCUUGGAGUGUGUUUCUGCUUGGGGCCCUGGACUGUGCUGCGUGCCUCAGGCUGUGCCUUCUGGGCGGGGUCUGUGGCGAUCGCAGCAGGAGCUGGGGCCGUUGUCCAUGAGAAGCACCCGGGCAAACUUGCUGGCUAUGUAUCCAUCCUGCUCACCCUGGCAGCCUUUGCUACAGCUAUGGCUGCUGUUGUCCUCUGCGUGAAUAGCUUCAUCUGGCAAACUGAACCCUUUUUAUACAUUGACACCGUGUGUGAUCCCUCAGACGUCGUCAUCCCUACCACUGGGUACAGAUGGCAAAGUCAAGAGAACCAAUGGCAGAAAGAGGAGUGUAGAGCUUACAUGCAGAUGCUGAGGAAGUUGUUCACAGCAAUCCGUGCCCUGUUCCUGGCUGUCUGUGUCUUGAAAGUCAUUGUGUCCUUGGCUUCCUUGGGAGUGAAUCUUCGAAACUUGUGUGGCCAGAGCUCCCAGCCCCUGAAUGAGGAAGGAUCAGAGAAGAGACUACUGGGGGAGAAUUCGGUGCCCCCCUCACCCUCUAGGGAGCAGACCUCCACUGUCAUUGUCCUGUGAGCUGCCAAAGACCCCACCGGGAUGCCCGCAUGUCUCUGUCUGGGGCAGCCCAGGGCCCCCACUCCUGGCUCCUCAUACUCGCCUCCCCUAUGGCCGCUGUCCAGAUCCUCCUCCUUUCUUCUCCCCACAUCAGCACCUGCUGUUCCUGCUCCGGGGUUCUCAAGUCCAUGAACAGAUAUUGUUGCAUUUUCCACAGUGCUGAUUAAACAUAAUAAACAAUCCAGAAAAACAAUUUUGCCCAGAAA